GGGGGGGGGGAGAGCCUAUAAAAGGCGGCCCGGGCCGUACGUGACCUUUCACCCGACGCCGCUUGACGAUGCAACGCGGAAGUACAAUGGCGGCGGCGGGGCCGGGCUGUAGUGGAAGCGGCGUCGCCUCCUCAUCCUCCGAGGCCGCAGCGCGGCGGAGGCUGCGGAUCCUUUUAGGCCACCUGCGCAGCGCUCCGGAGACCCACCUGUCGGCCGGUCAGUGCCGAGGGCGGGCGGCGGCGGCGGCGGCGGCAGCAGCGGAGUCUCCCCCGAGCACCCUCCCCAAGAGACGGCAAGAAGUUUUGAAAUGGAAUGGCUGGGGAUACAGUGACUCAAAAUUCAUAUUCAAUAAGAAGGGGCAAGCAGAAUUCACAGGGAAGAGGUACCGGUUAGGUGGUACAGUUUUGCCCCUCCUGAGAGAAUGGAUAGAGAAAUACCUUGGAGGAAGUCUGGAACAUAAAAGUAUCCCUAAGGCAUCCUUAAAUGUUAACGAUGUACCUCCACCUGUUACAAAUGAAGAAUUCCUUCAGAACCUCAAAGCUACGAACAUCUCAUAUUCCCAAGAUGCAGAAGACAGGGUAUUCAGAGCUCAUGGUCAUUGCCUACAUGAGCUAUUUUUACUCAGGGAAGGGAUGUUUAAACGCGUUCCUGACAUAGUUGUAUGGCCAGAGUGCCACGACGACGUAGUUAAAAUUGUUGAAUUAGCCUGCAAGCAUAAUGUUUGCAUUAUACCUUUUGGUGGUGGAACAAGUGUUUCUAGUGCGCUUGAAUGUCCUCCUGAUGAGAAAAGAACUAUUGUGUCACUGGACACUUCACAAAUGAAUCGAAUUCAUUGGAUAGAUGAGAAAAAUUUAACUGCUCGUGUGGAAGCUGGCAUUGUUGGACAAGACUUAGAAAGACGGCUGGGUGAAAGCGGUUACUGUACAGGCCACGAACCAGAUUCCAUGGAGUUUAGUACUCUUGGAGGGUGGGUGGCAACGCGAGCAUCGGGCAUGAAGAAGAACGUUUACGGAAACAUUGAAGACCUGGUAGUUCAUAUAAAAAUGGUAACCCCGAGAGGCGUAAUAGAAAAAAGCUGUCAAGGACCACGAAUGUCCACUGGACCCGAUAUCCACCAUUUCAUUUUGGGAUCUGAAGGAACCUUUGGAGUGGUAACAGAAGUUACAAUAAAAAUCCGACCAGUCCCUGAAUACCAAAAGUACGGAUCUGUUGUAUUUCCAAACUUUGAAAGAGGAGUGGCCUGUUUAAGAGAAGUAGCAAAGCAGAGAUGUGCUCCUGCAUCCAUUCGCCUUAUGGACAAUCAGCAGUUUCAGUUUGGACAUGCUCUUAAACCACAGGUCGCUUCUAUUUUUACAUCGCUUUUGGAUGGGUUGAAAAAAUUCUACAUCACAAAGUUCAAAGGCUUUGAUCCCAACCUAUUAUGUGUUGCUACCUUGCUUUUUGAGGGCAGCAGAGAAAAGGUUCUUCAGCACGAAAAGCAAGUUUAUGAUAUUGCUGCAAAAUUCGGGGGUCUUGCAGCUGGAGAAGACAACGGACAAAGAGGCUAUAUGUUAACAUUCGUCAUUGCGUACCUUCGGGACGUGGGUAUGGAUUAUUAUUUAAUAGGAGAAUCGUUUGAAACAUCCGUUCCUUGGGACAGGGUUCUAGACCUCUGCAGAAAUGUAAAAGAAAGAAUAGUAAAAGAAUGCAAAGAGAGAGGCGUUCAGUUCCCACCUUUUGCUACCUGUCGGGUGACGCAGACCUAUGAUGCUGGUGCAUGUGUGUAUUUCUAUUUGGGCUUUAACUACAGAGGAAUAAGCGACCCUAUUCAUGUUUAUGAAGAAAUUGAGAGCGCAGCUAGAGAAGAAAUCCUCGCUAACGGAGGGAGUUUGUCACAUCAUCAUGGAGUGGGCAAGUUACGGAAGCACUGGCUGAAGGAGAGCGUUUCCGACGUUGGCUUUGGAAUGCUGAAAUCUCUCAAACAAUACGUGGACCCCAAUAACAUCUUUGGAAACCGGAAUCUUUUAUAAACCUCUUUCCCUGUCUGUAUUCAGAAUGAUACACGUGCGAAUAUCUAUAUUAAUGGUUUUGAGUCUCACAGCGGUCCUGGUAACAAAUAUAGCAUGGACCCAAUUUCAAAACUUGCUUUUUCCAUCUUUAGUUCCUUUGGUCGAAUAGGUUCGUCCGGUUAGUCGUAACAGGGACUAUCCAAGCUCCUUCCAGAUGUUUCAAACCCAACCGAAUGUGCUAAGGGUCAGUUGAUCUGAGAAUGCAACUUUGGGUGAACCCAUUUUGGCUCUUUCCCACCACGACGUAUUUUAUUGCAAGAAUACCCGCGGCUGACUCUUGAUGUUUCUGUCAUAGGAAGCCCUUCUUUAUCGAAAUAACAAUCCUGGGACACAAGUGAAAAGACAGCGCUGUUAUUAGUGAAAGGUUAAGCAAAUGGAUAAGGUCCUUUGGUGGUGGUGGUUGGUUAGCUGGUUGUUUUUUAAGCAGACUUGUGCUUGGGAGUGCUUUGCCAGUCCUUCCCAUCUGGCAGUGCUAAAAACAUCACCUAACAACUGGAGUCUGAAUUGCAAUAUCUGGAACAAAACUGAUGGACACCAGAAGAACAAAUGGUUAUUUUGGGCAUUGAGGGGUAGAAAUCUUUACCACAUAAAAUAUAUUGGGCUUUCAUAAUUUUGUCCUGAUAAAAUGUCUAAGUUUCUUUUUAGAAGGCACUUCUCAGAAAAGCCUGUCAGGUUCAGAGCCACUCCGACGUUUCAGACAUUCCAAGUCGGCAACAACUUGGGCUGAGUAGUCUCGUGACUGUAAUUAACUAGCCAUAAACCUAAUCAGUUCUUCCAUAUAGCUAGGACGUUGAACUAAAAAGAGUGUUAGUGAGCAUUAAAAUGAAACCUACCUUAAUGCGGUAUAUAAUACAGUUAAUCCCUUUUCACAGUGGGAGUGGGGGGGGGAGUCAGUCCUUAAAACAAAUUGGCUUCCUUUUACGAUUUUAAAGGGCAAUGCAGAAUGUCAGCUUAGUUUUGUCUGUCCCUUGUCUAGAUCAUACCCAGUGUUUUCAAAAUUAAGCUCUUUCUAAGUCCAACUGAUUUCAAUUAUGUAUUUUGCCCAUAGUAAAUAAUUGCUGUCAACAAUAUAGGGCGGAGAGGGGGACAGAUUAGAAUACAUUCUAUGUCUGAAGUAGUCUUAAACAAGAAUAUCUAAAUGUUACUUGAACUGUAAGCUUAAUUCACUGGUUAAUUUUUGCUAGCUGCAAGUAGGAAUUUUUAAUAUGUACAUUGUACCACGCUAACUUGGCCACAAAACUGUCCAGGUUGGAUCCAGAUCUCCAAACAUUUGAAGAGGCAAUGUUUGCCCAUUCCCCUGUCCUGAAUGCAGAGUCUUGGGAGUCCCCUGACUCUAAUGAAGCACAGCAGACAGAAGGCGAAAGCAGGAAGGUUUCCUUAACCGUACUGUGGAUUCGAUGCUUUAAUUUUAACCUGCUCAGCUUUUUAGUGUCAAAAAGCUCAAAUUCUGUAUAUGGCCAAGGUUCUACUUUUUUAUACCCUAAAAAGCACCUUUAAAAUGGACACGCACAACAUCCCAUCCCAACUGCUCAUGGUCUGCUGGACUUGAAAUUGUAACUGCACUCCGGAAAGCCCUCUUAAUCCAUGAGAGGGGGGAAAAAUCAGCAUGUUUGUUCCAAGGAAUUUUUGCUGAAGGCAGAGUAGACAUUAAGACUGACAGAACAUACCUGCUUUUGACUGUGUACUGUAUAUCCUUUUAAUCUGAGUUGAUCUCGUUUCUCAUUUGGACACCAGGAAUAUUUAGCUUUUUUUUUUGUUGAAAUUGAGCAUGUUCAUGUGCCUAUGGAGCACAAAAUUCUAGGAGCAACGUGCAUUUUUUUCGGGGGGGGGGCUGCCUUUUUUAAUAGAAUUAAAGCAAAAAAUUCCUUAUUUUUACUCACUCUGAGCAAGGUUGUGUUUCUCCAAGUCAUGCAAGUUCAUCUAUGGUGCUUAAUUUAUUUGUCUUACUGAUGGCGGUUUCCUAAUCUUUUGGUGGUGUUACUGGAAAUUGCACCGUGGGAGGUAGUACUUGGGGGAGGGCUGUAUUUUCGUAAAUCGAUAAAUAGCUAGAUAACGGGGAGCGUCCAGAUCAUGAAGUAUGAACUUGUGUCAUGUUAAUACUCUCGUAUCUAGCAAAAGUAAUUGUGGGGCUUGCAGAAAUGGACAGGCGUGAAGGAUAAGACACAAUGCAGAUUACUGUGAACAAAUUGUAAGUUGCUUUUGUCUAUUUUGCUAAAACUGAUUCUGGUUCCUUCCUUGGAAAAAAAAUUUAACUGUUCAGAGCCAUUAGCAAAAGCACCUGUAAAGCAUACCCAAGUUGAGUGCUAGCUCAAAAAAGUGAAAUGCUCAUUAAAGAUAAAAUGCAAAUUUACCAAAUGGGAAGUUAUUGACUGUGUGUUCAUGGCAUUCCGGUGGGAUAAAAAUAAUAGCAAAGAAUAUACAGGUAAUCUACAAAAGUACCGCUGUGAUGGUUGUCUUUUCACCACAGCUGCAGAUCUUUUAGCAUUCAUUGGGUGGUUUCCCAGGAGCUGCGUGCACAUCUUGGCCUGGAGCAGGACUUUGGAACGCAUGAUAGCUGCCAUGUGCAGAAUCCAGCCUUUGGUGUGUCAGAGUCAACUUUCGCAGGGAGAGCUGUUUCACAUCACUCGACCCUUUUAAACUAAAGAUGCCCGAGUUUGAGCCAGGGACCUUCUGCAUGUAAAGCAGAUGUUCUCUUCCCCCCACCCCCCAUCUUCCUACCUCUACUACCUCUACUCUGGCAUUCUUUUAGCGGCUACUCCUUUAAGUUGGGGAUGACCUCUGGAGCAGCAUCUGAUGCUGGCCAAAAAAAGCUGUCAGAAACGCAAAUAGAAGCACAUGUAUGCUCUGGUUUUAGAAACACCCAGCAACCAUUUUGUUUUAGGAGUUAGCCAUACUUUAGAGCAGGAAUCCCUAAACAUGGUGCCAGGGUGUCUGUUGACACCUUUCGCGGUGCCCACCAAGUGUUCUUAGAAAGUGGCAGGGUUGAGUGGGACUUUUCUACAGCAAGGCUUCUCAUUGGCUGUGCAGAUUUUUAAGCACAUUGCUUUGGCAGCACCACAGCACAGGAUAUUCACUGCUUGGCUGAAAGUAAGCCACAGCAGCCAAUUUCGUGGCUGGCUCCACUUCCUGCAGCAGCCAUUUUGUAGCAACUCCCUGUGUCAAAAUCCCAGAGGUGCCUACAGGCUCAAAAAAGAUCGAGGACCCUUGCUUUUCAGCCUGCCUGGCAUGCCGCUACACAAAAUGGCAGUGUUCAAGAAGCAUCACUGGGGGGGGGGGGGUUGGUUGCUGAGGGUUGUUAUUAGCAAACCAAAAGCAGCACCCAGUCUGGUGUGGCUGGCCAUUGGUCCCUCCCAGUGUUUAACAGUAUGUGAAGGAUUCUGUAUGGAGCUCCCUGGGACUCCCAGCUAAUAUGCUGGUGCUGAAUGGGUUCUUCACAUCUGGGGGACAAGAUUUUCUAGCCCGGGGUCAGGGAUGGGGCAGUAGCCUUCCCCACACCCACCAGUGCUGUAUUCAGAAGUGAAGAGACUAUCCAAAGCAGCUGCAGAAAGUUGUGAAAGUAGGCCGUUGGAAAAAGUUAAUUCUACUGGCCAGCCUAAAAAAGCUCCCUGGAUCCUAGUAUUGCUUCACUUUCUGUUUCAAGAGGGAGCUUUGCUGGUGGACAUCUUCUGCAGGAAGAACACAGGCUGUUUUAAAGCAAGCUUGGCCAGGUUUUUGUUCACAUUGUUAACUCACUGUGCUUGCUUUAAGCUAAAAACAAGAGCCGGAAUGCAAAGGACUGGUUGACUUUUGUGUAGGCCUCCCCCCCCCCUCUCCAAACAUAGCAACCUUCUGUUAUCCCACAUGGCAAUCUGCCUUUUGAAAGUUGAAAGAAAGUUCAAAAGGAAGUUUGAAAGAAAUUGACAAUUCUGCUGUCUGUGUGCUUGAAGUAGUGCUUUAGGUUGUGACUGAAGUUCUGUUAAUUUCUUCUUUGGCCAAAUGCAGGUCUGUAAAUUUGUGACAUUAAACGUCUUUGCACUGUUUACUUUUAUAGCAAUUUGGGUGUAACUUCUAAGAAAUUUCACAAGACUUCUUCCCCUUCAAGUUGGAAAAGUGAUGAAAAGCCAGUGUUUGCAGAGUUUUCAAUGUAAUGACACUUUAUAUAAAAUGUGCCUCUUAUUCUACGCUGAAUUAGAGUAUCAAAUUAAGCAGCUCUUCCGCAUUAAUACUAACCAAUCAAAGCAUACACAAUUUUAUGUAAUUAGGAGAAAACUUAAGUUGUAUCAUAUACUGAUGCUAAUUGUACAAUUAUAGUAAUGAAGUUGAAAGUGAUGCUUGCUAAAUAGAAUGGUGCUAAAUUUUCUCCUCUUGAGCUGAUUAAAUUAAUACUUUUUUUAAAUUA